CGAUCAAGUUUUCUGUGACAAAAUCGCUUUCCGAGUGAAUUGAAGUAGGCAGCAAAGUGUGCAGCGAGAGUGAAUAUAGAAGUUAAUCGAGGAAACAUUGUUUUCAGUUUGCAACGUUAUUGAGCGGAGAACGUGUUCUCUAUACAUUCAUAAAAUAGCAGUGAUAGCGUAUCGCAUUCAUUCGUGAGGCCAAACCCGCCUGGUACCUUCCAGGAAAAUUAACCAACCAACCAAGAACCAAGCAAGGCAAAAUGUCAGUGAUUGGAAUUGACUUCGGAAACGAAUCCUGCUAUGUGGCGGUUGCUAAGGCCGGAGGCAUCGAAACCAUCGCAAAUGAUUACAGUUUGCGAGCCACACCAGCUUGUGUGGCGUUCGUAGGCCGCAACCGUGUGCUGGGUGUUGCCGCUAAAAAUCAACAAGUAACAAACAUGAACAACACGAUCGGCAACUUUAAGGGAUUGCUUGGUCGAAAAUUCAACGACCCUUAUGUGCAAGAUGAGCUUCGUACGCUACCGUAUCAGACGGAGGCUUUGUCGGACGGUGGUAUAGGUAUUCGAGUGAACUACUUGGACGAGGAGCACGUUUUUACUCCGGAGCAAAUCACGGCGAUGUUAUUCACCAAACUUAAAGAUGACGCAUUUAAAGAGCUGAAGACACAGAUCAACGACUGUGUCGUCACUGUGCCGUCAUACUUUACCAACGCUCAACGUCAAGCCCUACUUGAUGCGGCCAACAUUUCCGGCCUUAAUGUGUUGCGACUCAUGAAUGAAACUACGGCCACGGCUUUAAGCUACGGAUUUUAUAAACAGGAUUUGCCUGUUCCGGAAGAAAAACCACGGAACGUUAUAUUUGUCGAUUGCGGCCAUGCAUCGUUACAGGUGUCAGCCUGCGCAUUUCACAAAGGUUCGCUAAAAAUGUUGGCCAGCUGCUCAGAUUCUGUUGGUGGUCGCGAUUUCGAUCUAGUGUUGGCAACGCAUUUUAGCAAAGAGUUCCAAACCAAGUAUAAGAUAGAUGCUUCGUCUAAGAAGAGAGCUUUUCUACGGCUGAUGGCAGAGGUAGAAAAAUUGAAGAAAAAUAUGUCAGCUAACAGCACAAAGCUACCGUUAAACAUCGAAUGCUUUAUGAACGAAAUAGAUGUCCAUUCAUCAAUGCAACGUUCGGAAAUGGAGGAGCUUUCGGGUCAUUUGUUCAGACGUAUUGAAUCAACGAUGCGUAAGCUGCUUGCCGAUUCGAAGCUUACGGCGGAGGAAAUUCAUUCGGUCGAAAUCGUCGGUGGUAGCAGCCGCAUUCCAGCUAUUAAGCAGCUGAUUGAGCAAAUUUUCGGCAAAUCAGCUAGUACCACUUUAAAUCAAGACGAAGCUGUGUCCCGUGGAGCGGCCUUGCAAUGUGCUAUCAUGUCGCCUGCGAUGCGCGUUCGCGAUUUCACCUGCACGGACGUACAGGCCUAUCCGGUUUUGAUAUCCUGGACGGACGCAGAUGGUGCGCAUGAGAUGAAGGUAUUCGACCAGUAUCAUGCAACACCGUUUACUCGACUGUUGACCGUACACCGUAAAGAGCCGUUGACUAUUAAUUUGCAUUACGAACCGAAUAGUGCACCUUAUCCAGAUGCAUUUAUUGGUUCAUAUCAUUUGAAGGGCAUUAAGCCCGAUGCGAAUGGCGAACCACAAGAAGUUAAAGUAAAGGUUCGCAUUAACCACCACGGUAUCAUUACGAUAUUAAGUGCGACGAUGUACGAGCGCAAGGAAAGUGAAGAACCGGCAUCACCAACUCCAGCCACCAAUGGUGAUCAACAGAAAAGCGGUGAUGUAAACCAAACUACAGCAUCACCCCAAGGUGACGAAUCUGGCAAGGUUGGAGAACCUAUGGAUAUCCAAGAGGGUAGCGAUGAUGAGCAUCCUAAAAAGGACUCUAAACCCAACGAUAGUAGUGGAGAGGGUUGGACGCAACGUGUCACCAGAUGGUUCACAUCGGACAAGAAGAAAAAAGUAACUACGAAACAAGUGGAAUUGACGAUUGAUUCCAAAACGCAUGGAUUUGUACAUGCAGAAUUGUCCAAAUUCUUCGAGGAAGAGAUGAAAAUGAUCGCAAAUGAUCGUCAAGAGAAAGAGCGUAUUGAUGCACGAAAUGCCUUGGAAGAGCAGGUAUAUGAAGUACGCGAGAAAAUUCAAGAAGAUGGCGCCCUGUAUCCUUACAUCGAUCCUCUGAAUGCUGCCGCAAUUUGCCGCGAAUUGGAAGAUACUGAAAAUUGGCUGUAUGAAGAAGGUGAAUCCUGCGAAAAAGGUGUAUACAAAGAGCGACUAGAAAACAUGCGUGCUAAGAUUGAACCGGUUCGGGUCCGUUGUGAUGAGUUUAGUGGCCAGGAACAAGCAUUUAUAGAACUGGGACAUGCUGUUCAGCAAACAUUGAAAGCAGUGGAGCAGUAUCGUGCGAAGGACCCCAGAUAUGAACAUCUUACGGAAACCGAAAUGAUUAACAUUACCGAAGCAGCACAGAAGGCUCAGAAAUGGUAUGAAGAGGCCCGAUCGAAGUUGGUAGGCGUAAGGAAAAUUGAAGAUCCACCGGUGAAGCUUGCCGAUAUUCGCCAUGAAACGCAAACCCUGACGACAUGUACGAAUUCAGUUUUGAACCGACCAAAACCGAAGCCCCCGACCCCACCAGCGGAUCAGAAUCAACAAAACAGUUCAACGACACCGGGUAAUAAUAGUGCUGGACAAGAAAAAGCUACAGGGGGUGAUAAUCAAGAUUCUAGCUCGCAGAAGCAAACGACAGAGGAUUCCAUGGAUGUGGAAUAGACUUUUCAUAUUGUUUCAUACAUCGUUUAGUUCACACCACCAGCAGCAGCAGCAGCAGCAGCAGCAUCCCCUACUAACAGCCCAUAGCACAUCCAAAACGGUAGCGUAAUGAAAUCCUGCAUUUCUGAUCCGAAGUUCAUAUUUCCUUAACACACAUCCUCUCGAUCGUUAGUGUCUUUGCUGCUAAUGAUAUGGCGAUAAGAGAAUGAGUUUAGUCGUUUAAUUUAUUGCGAAAGGAUAGUUAGAGCAUGCUAGGAUCACAAUAACACAGUAUAGUUUAAUUUGAACAUGUUUAUGAUAAGCAUGUCUCAUAUAGGCGAUGGAUUUAUAGAUUUACUUGCAGAUCACAACAGAUCCUUCUAGCUCGGUAUAGUAAAAUAAUUUACAACCACACCAGUUCACAACACAAUAUCCCACCCAUCCUGGACUAUGCUUACAUUGCUCUACAAAUCGUUCGGUCAGGUUGGUUCGGUUGGAGUAAUUCGUGACAUUAGAAACAAAGGAUGUUUUUUAUUUGGUUAAUAUGUAGAAGCUAGCUAUACAAACUAAGUUUGUUCGUCAAACAAAGAUCCGAUAAAUAGACUGUAUCGUCAUCCUUACUUAACUCUGGUGCACGGUAUUUAAAUAUUUCCGGAUAAGGAAAAGCUGCAGAGCUACCGUAAACAAUACUUAUGUGCGUUGAACAUGUAAAACUGGUUGAACAAAAUUCUGCAACUAUUAUUUGUUUUUGUAUGUAAUGAAAUACGUUUCCUUAUCAUUUUCAACGAACAUUAUUAAUUCACAAGCAAGUAGCCUUUUCCGCAUUGAUAACGAAUAUGAAAAUAACAGUUGUAAGCUUCCUUUAUUUGCUGUUGCAAUUAUUAAAUAAGUCAUGGAAAGAUCAGAAUUUCUAAUGAAGAACAAAGAAGUUAUUAGUAUCCCAUCAAUUCUUGUAAAACGAAUGCUUAAUCGAAACGAUGGUAACGGCUGGCGAGCAUCAACGAAAAAUUACAUGAAUGUUACACUAUGUUAGAAGUUACAACUGUGGAGGUUGGAUGUGUUUAAAAUGCUCAUGAAGAGAAAAAAUUUUACAAUUCAACCAGCAAAUCAUCGCAUGUAAACAAUAGCUAGAUGUUCUUAUAAAAUCAUUCACCUACCGCAUUUCGUUACAAAAGCCGGAAGGCUAAAGGAAAAGGACAUACAAAAAGAGGAGAUCUUCCUUUCGUUUUUAUCACUGUUAACCACUACUGAAGUUGGUUUUGCAUACUGAUUUUUGAUGAUAAAUUAGCAUCGGAAAGCACUCAACACAUUAAAGCUAUUAAUGGCAUGAACUGGCAUAACAUGGGCACCGUCGAGCAUUAAACAUUAAUGACAAGAGCAUACGAGGAGAAAUAAUAAAUUCUGAAUUAUGUACUAAAUGGUCGAUCAUUUCUGUGGUUUCAUUUAAACAGUUUGGCUACUAUAAGUUGUACGUAAGAUAAAAAAAAAUGAUCAGGAGUGAUGAGUUCAACCUUACCUUAACGGUUUAUGGCUAUCAUAUUACAAAGUCAACAAAUUCAAUCGAAUACCCUGAUAUGAUAGGCGGCACGCAAAAAAAGGUGAAUAUCUGUAUAAAUAAAUCAAAGAAAGCUCGAAAGCGAUA